AUGGAGGCGGUGCAAAAGUCGCUCGAGCAGGUGGCCAAGCGUGCGCCGGGGCUGCAUUCCUCCUCCUCGUCCGCCAAAGCGGCUGCCACCACCCCGACGGUGCACGACUCGAUCGACCGACUGAUCGCACGCAUCGAAUCCGCCAAAGCCACCCUCUCCUCCACUUCCCCCGCGGAUCCGGGCGUGGUGGUGGCAGAGCUCAAAGCAUCGGUCGAGUCGGCGCAAAAGUCGAUCCUCGACCGGCAGAAGGAGUUCCACGCUGCGCUGGGCAAGGCGACCAAGACGCUGGACAAGAAGUUCCCCAUCCCCAUCGACGGCGUAGCUGAUCCGGCGCUGUUUUCGAGCUCGGAAGCACAGGCGGCGUUGGAACGUGUGGUUCUCAACCACCUCCAGCGCACAGGCGACUGGGAUACCGCACUCAAGUUCGCCGGCGAAGCGGGGCUGGCGCUGUCGUCCGAGACCGAGCGGCUGUACGUGCAGCUGCACAAUGUGACCGCGGCGAUGGGGAGUGGAGACUUGAGGCCGGCGAUCCAAUGGGCGCAGGAGAACAGGCCGUUCCUCGAAUUGCGCAAGAGCGCACUCGAGUUCGCACUGCACCGCAGCCAGUUCAUCCGCAUCGCUGCGGGGACUAUCCUGCCGGGAAGCGACGGGGGUGGGGCAGAGAACCGCGAUCCGGACGGCGAGAAUGUCGAGAUGCUCAGCGCAUCCAUCGACGCACUGCCUGCGGCUGCAUUGGCGCCGUCGAAUGCGGUGGUGGCAAUGGCACGUACGAACGUGGAGCAGGCUCUCGCAUACGGGCGCGAGCAUUUUAAACCGUUCCGCACCACGCACCUUUCGGAGAUACAGCGCCUAUUCACGCUUCUCGCCUUCCUGCCCGCGUUCCUGCCUGCGCCCGCAUAUGGUCCUGAAGGUGUCGACUCUGUCCCCGUCGAGCACCUCAUCCCCACCGUCCCGCUUAUCUACCGACCUCUACUGGACUUCAAGCUGGUGCACGCGCCGCUGCUAGAGCCUCUAUUCAAGCUCGAAUUCUGUGCGCGGCAUCGGAUCGCCAAGGAGGCGCCGCUGGCGAUUGGCGUCGAGGUGGGUGCAGGUGGCGCGCUGAAUCGCAUCAUCAAGGUCAAGGCGGUGAUGAAGGAGAGCGGCAACGAGUGGAGCCAAGCCGACGAACUACCGAUCGAAAUCCCGCUGCCCAACAGGUUGAGGUUCCACUCGAUCUUCGCGUGUCCCGUGAGCAAGGAGCAGGGGACGGAGGAGAACCCGCCUAUGAUGCUGGCGUGUGGGCAUGUGCUGUGCCUCGAGACGCUCAAUCGGCUGGCUAAGGGGAAUGGGCGGUUCAAGUGCCCCUACUGUCCCACGGAGAGCUACGUCAACCAGGCGAUUAGGGUGUACUUUUAG